AUGGCAAACUCAAACCCUGCCAGUGCCAUCGACUUCUCUCUGCCCUAUCCAACAACGAACAACAUCAACAUCAACAGCAACAAUAAUAACCACAACAAGGCUACAACAACAAGGGCAACAAAAGGGGGGGGGAACACAUUCAUCAUCACCGUCAGCGUUCCAAAAGGGUUUGAAGCCAAAAGCCGAAGCAGCAAAAAUGACCCCAAAGGCCGAGGAAGCCCAAAGGAGAAGACACUGGACUGUGGUCAGAUUGUGUGGGGGUUGGCCUUCAGCCCAUGGCCUUCCCCACCCAGCAGAAAGCUGUGGGCCCGGCAUCACCCCCAAGGGCCAGACGUCACCUGCCUGAUCCUCGCAACGGGACUCAACGAUGGGCAGAUCAAGAUUUGGGAGGUGCAGACAGGACUCCUACUUUUGAAUCUUUCGGGCCACCAAGACGUCGUGAGAGAUUUGAGCUUCACCCCCAGUGGCAGUUUGAUUUUGGUCUCUGCAUCUCGAGACAAGACUCUUCGCAUCUGGGACCUGAAUAAACACGGCAAGCAGAUUCAAGUGCUGUCAGGCCACCUGCAGUGGGUUUACUGCUGCUCCAUCUCCCCAGACUGCAGCAUGCUGUGCUCUGCCGCUGGAGAGAAGUCGGUCUUUCUAUGGAGCAUGCGGUCCUACACAUUAAUCCGGAAGCUUGAGGGCCACCAAAGCAGUGUUGUCUCUUGUGACUUCUCCCCUGACUCUGCCUUGCUUGUCACGGCUUCGUACGACACCAGCGUGAUCAUGUGGGAUCCCUACACUGGCGAGAGGCUGCGCUCACUCUACCACACACUGAUGGACCCCCCCAUGGACGACAGCGAUGUCCACAUCAGCUCCCUGAGGUCCGUGUGCUUCUCUCCCGAAGGCUUGUACCUUGCCACUGUGGCAGAUGACAGACUCCUCAGGAUCUGGGCGCUGGAACUGAAAAAUCCCAUUGCGUUUGCUCCUAUGACCAAUGGUCUUUGCUGCACAUUUUUUCCACAUGGUGGAGUUAUUGCCACAGGGACAAGGGAUGGCCACGUCCAGUUCUGGACAGCUCCCAGGGUCCUCUCUUCACUGAAGCACUUAUGCCGGAAAGCCCUUCGAAGUUUCCUAACCACCUACCAAGUGCUAGCACUGCCAAUCCCCAAGAAAAUGAAAGAAUUCCUCACAUACAGGACUUUUUAAGCAAUGCUGUGUUUAGUCUUGUUUUCUUUGUGACAGGAUCUUCCUGGUGCGGGAGGUUCUGGAAUUAAUGGGCCAGAUGUCUGGCUAGCCUUGGGUUGAGACCGUUCUCUUUGGGACUGUGAAUAGAAUGUAGUGGAACCAGAUUCCAGUGGACUUGUCAUGCAUCCUUUCCUCAGGAAAGGGUGGCAGUCACAGAGGGGAAACCACCCUUGGUGACCUGAAAUCUCCAGUCCACUUAGCAACAGCAAUGCUUAACUCUAGUUGUUCUGAGUCCAAGUGCAGUUACUGAUAUUUUAGUAGCAGUGGCCAGGCCUCCAGAGCCUCUCUGUAAUGCAGAGAAGUUUCAGUUCCCUCUGCUUGGAAGCGUGGCUUCUGCCUCGUACCUGUCAUAGGCGUGUUUCAGAUGCAGUGGUGGCGUCAGUUACCGAUCUCUCCUGCAGCCGAGUGCUGCCCUCCUUCUAGAACUCCCCUCUGACCAGCAGGACAAAGUUCUCCCAGCGCCCUCUGGUCUGGUGUGUUGACUUAGUAUAUAGCUCUAUCACAGGUGACUGCUGACGCUGUGCUCCUGACUGUUGCGGUAUAAUUGGUUUUCUUGGUUUUUGUUUUCAAUGAUGGUGUGCAUGUGCAGGUGACAAGCGUGUAUGUCAGGUCCCACAAGGAAGUGUUCCCAAACUGCAUGACUGUCCCAGUGGCUAUUGCAUUUGUCAGUGGCUUGCCAUUCCCUAGCAUAUUUAUUUGUAUUUUCUCAACAGCUGUUCAGGUACAACUGUGUUUUUCCUCCAUGGUAUCUUAAAGAUAUCCUUAAAAAUACUGUUCUCCCUCAGUGUAUAGCAUUAUCUAGACAUUUCAUUCAAAAAUCUUGUCUUUGGAGAAUGUAAUAUAUUUUUAGCUAUUCUAAAAGAAAUGCAACAUCCUGUCCUUUGACUUUCUUAAUAGGUGCUUUUAUGGAGUAACAGUUGGUAAAGAAGGGAAUCUCCUGUGGCUUAGGAAGAGCAUUUUUCUUUCCAGGAGAGAGGCUUUUGUUAGCUGGUAAAAAGUCUUUGGUUCUCUUUUUAUCAUUAUGGGAAGAAUUCAUUUUUAAAAAAUAAUCGAGAGCAAGGCAGUUGGAAAUGAGUUUGGAUAUAUUUUUUAAAGUAUGGCUGAUUUGAAAUUCUAUAUACAGCAUGAGCUGAGCGCUUUCACCCAGAAACUAGUUUCAGACUUUGCCUGUGUCCUGGAGAGCAAGGCCUCCAGGAGUGAUGGAAAUAGCUGACUUCUCUCUGGUAUUAAAAUUUGACACCUUUCUAAAGAACAGCUUGCAAAGGUUUGUUCUUGUCACAGUGGAAACUGUAGACUUUCUUCAUAAAAAUGUGAGUGAGUACUUAAGUCAGCAUCUCUAAUACUGGCUAAGGAAAGAAGAGUCACUUGUCAUACAACCAUCAAACAAGCUGCUUUUAUUUUUUAUUGUGAACACUAUCAUACAGGCAGUAUAAUUGCUGUGAAAUAAACUCCAUUUUACACCA